AUGCUGAUCCCAAGCAAAAGCCUCGCCGGCUUUCUGGCGAUUUCUCCCCUUGUCAAUGGUUUCUGGCGUAUGUCCUGUGGUAUCAUUCAGACCGGCCGUAUAGAUCCGAUUGUCAACCCGGGAAGCAUCGCUGCACACGCUCAUAAAGUCUCAGGAGCCAGCAAUUUCGGCUUCAGCAACACCUACGACGACCUCCUGAGUUCGAGAUGUACUUCUUGUGAGAUCCAGGACGACAAGUCUGCCUACUGGACUCCGCAGCUAUACUACCAGCACACCAAUGGGAGUUUUCAGGAGGUACCCAACGGCGGCCAUACCGUAUACUACCUUGGACGCGGUGACAACAGAACUAACAUUGAGCCAUUCCCUCCCGGGUUUCGGAUGUUAUCGGGAGACUCGAGCGCGCGGUCGAAUGACACAGUCACAAUGACCUAUAAUACCGCGCAGAUCAGAGGCCGCCUUAGAUCGGACAGGGUCAGCUUUGCUUGUCUCGAUAGCUCGGGUCCGAUGAAGGAACAGAACUAUUUGUUUCGUACCGACUGUGAUUAUGGUCUACGGGCACAGAUACAGUUCCAGUCGUGCUGGGACGGCCGAGAUUAUCAACCAGAUAACAGUCAUGUGGCAUAUAUGUCUCAGAUUGACAACGGAGUGUGCCCACCAACUCAUCCCCGCCAGCUGAUACACUUGUUCUUUGAGGUUUUAUAUGGUGUCAAUGAUAUCCAGAAGACCCCAGGCGGCAGAUUUGUCUUCGCCAAUGGAGAUACUACAGGCUUCGGAUUCCACGGUGACUUUAUGAAUGGGUGGGAUCAACAGACGCUUGCCAGCGCCGUUGCACAAUGCGUCAACAAUGAUAGCUUGAAUGGUGUGAUAUCAAAAUGUCCGCCGCUUGCUAAAUCUCAAACGCCAUAUUUCAGCACGAAUUGUCCAGAGAGGCCACCUCUGGUCAACGAGCCGGUCCAUGGAAUGCUGGACAGACUUCCGGGCUGCAACAACGUUACGAGCGGCCCUGAACGGGCUCCUGCAGUGACCUGUCCAACCCAGCCAUCCACCAACGCGGCACCACAAGACUCCGGGAAGACAAUGUUCGAACCGAGUAUAGGAACCACGCUCAAUUCGUCAUGGGUGUAUGCCGGUUGUGCUGCGGAGCUUAACAACCAGAGAACACUGGCCACAUUCACCUUCUCGUCAGACACGAUGUCUAUCGAGUCAUGCACUGCUACUUGCAGACAGAAAGGCUACCGACUUGCGGGCUUGGAGUAUUCCAGGGAAUGCUGGUGUGCCAACUCACUGUCUUCUGGCGCGUCGUUCAUGGCUGCUGCAGACUGCAAUUCAACUCCCAAAAUGAUCUGCAGCGGGAACCAGACGCAAUGGUGCGGAGCGCCUAACCUUCUGACCAUCUGGAACGAUACCUCUUCUGUAGUGGGAACCAGCAAGACGAUAGUGUACAACGGUUGUUACUCGGAGAUCAACGGCCGUCUUCUCAACAAGGAUUCAUACGCCAACUCCACCGUUUCCGUUGACCAAUGUGCAGCUUACUGCCAAGCUAAGAACUAUGCAUUCGCAGGAAUGGAGUAUGCCGGCGAGUGCUACUGUGGCAAUAUGCCGCCCCCCAAGACACUCGCCGCGGACGAGAGGUCGUGCAACAUGCCUUGCAAAGGGAACCCGUCUCAGACCUGCGGCGGUAGCUCACGCAUCUCCGUCUGGAACAACACCUUGUACGUGCCACCACACAACGUACCCACUGUCAGCAUCAGCGGUAGAGCUGUCUACAACUACUUAGCCUGUUAUAAAGAAGGCACCUCCGGACGCGCACUAGCGAAUGGCAUGAGCACGUCAGACGCCAAGUCCAUGACUGUGGAGAGCUGUGCGGCGUUCUGUGCAGCGAAGGGAUACAAGUUCAUGGGCACCGAGUGGGAGCAAGAGUGCUACUGCAAUAACGAUGGCCCCAUCAGCGGUGCUAUCAAAGCUGAUGAGGCCGAUUGCUCCAUGCUGUGCAAGGGAGACAAUACCGAAUUCUGUGGUGGGAGUUCGAGAAUUAGUAUCUACAGAGCCGCUCAGUAG